UCCUGAUUGAGGUGUUUGGACAGGUGACGAGGAAGCGUGUUAGUGUGUGAUUCUCAUUCAUUUUUUUACGUAAGAAUUCGGCAUCGAAUGGAAAAUUUCGGAAGCAUCGAGGACAUUUUCGAGUGUUGUUACAUAAAUCAGGGGAAGAGUCGAUGCAGUGAAGGGAAGACACUGCUGCUGCUGCUGCUGCUUCCUAGAAGCCGCCAAAAUCAGGAAAAACAACAAAGUAGCGAAACGAGAUCGAGAUCGCGCGGCUAGGCCAACAAAAACAAAAUCAACUGUGUGUAAAGGGGUGUGUUGAGUUGUGCGGCGUCGGUGGAAAUUCGAGAAGGUGAACCGUGAACAAAAGCGUCUCAAGGCGACGUCGACGGCCAAGACCGAGACCGUCGUAGAAUUGCAGCUAUACUCUAGAACACGCCGCCACGAGCGGCGAGGAUAAAUGUAGGUCUUCCUCUUCCACACCACUGUGUGUUCGGAGGUGAAUCAGUAGUCGUCAGCUGCUCCUCAAAAAAAAAAAAACAAAAAAAACGCCACCAACGACACAAACAGAACAAGUCGCGGUUGAAUCGCGCGCAGAAGACAAGAGUAUUGACCUCGGAAAACGACGACGUCGGCGAAAGACGACGACGACGAGCGAACAACAAUCAGAACCUGCUGUGUGCAAUUAAGUGACCAUCAGGGCUUGAUUCACUAAGAUUUGCUGGCCGCACCACACAACAGCCACGGAUGGUGUCCGCUGGCCUCGCCGGAGACCACCACUGUGUCGCGGACGAACCGUCGGACGACCGAAAUUCCGUCCCCGAGUCUGGCGGCGGCAACCCCGACGCGGACGGGCCCGCAUGAUUGGCGGUUGAGUGAGUGCGAGAAGGAGUAGCUGUUGUGAACCGGAACAAGUGAGCGCAACUGUCCGGGAUGGGUGAGGAGAGUGUCGAGUGCAGCGAGGGCAAGCUGAGCACCAAAAAUGGCGACUACAGCCCGGUCAAGCAGUCGUCGGAGCACGGCGGCAGCUGCAGCGGCGUGGACAGCGACGAGCUGAGUCGCAGCGACAGCCAGCGGAAGAUUGUGAAGAUCCAGUUCGACAAGGUGACGGACAGUGACAGCAGGGCGACGACGCCGCCCUACCAGACGACGACGACGACGCAUGCAGCGGCACCGACAAGCAACGGGAACAAACCCGACGACAAGCUGCUGACGGUGAUGGUGCCGCCGACCAGCAAUGGAAAUCAUCACAAUCAAAAGGAGGGGCAAGAGGAGGAGGACGACGACGAUGAUGACUACGAGAUGGUACCGCCGGACGGCGGCUGGGGUUGGCUGGUGCUGGCCGGUUCCAUGCUGGUCAACAUCCUCGUGCCGGGCACGAUCAAGAGCUUUGGCGUGCUGUUUGUGGAGUUCCUGGAGGCAUUCCAAGCGACGCCCUCGGCCGCGGCGUGGAUUCCGGCGUUGUGUUACUUUUUGUACAGUUCGUUGGGACCGCUGUCGAGUAUAUUGUCGGUGAAGUACAGCUACAGGACGGUGACGAUCAUUGGGGGGACGUUCGCGGCGGCCGGGAUGAUCAUCACGUAUUGGGCGACUUCGGUGAACUUUUUGUACGUGAGUUAUGGCGUGUUGGUGGGGACCGGGGCGGGGUUGUCGUUUCCACCGACGGUGUACAUUGUGACGUCGUACUUUGUGCGGUUGCGGGGUUUGGCCAAUGGGCUGUGCAUAUCUGGAAGUGCGCUGGGGUCGAUCAUUUUGCCACCGGUGUUGAGGUAUUUGUUGGUGAAUUUUGGCUAUCGAGGGGCUUGCCUGAUCAUGGGCGGAAUUACGCUGAAUGUUUGGGUUGCGGCGAUAUUUUAUCAGCCGGUGGAGAAGCACAUGAAACGGGUCAAGAAGGUGAAGCAGGUCGAGAAGUUGGUGAGCGACGAUACGAUCAUGGAAGAAUCGGAAAGUAAUGAGGAUCCGGAAAUUGGUCAAGCGAGGGGGUCAGCGAUUAAGCCAAAGUUUAUGAUAACUGGAGACGAUACGCCGAUUGCAACGCCGACGUUGGAGCACAAAUCGCCGGAUAUAUUCCGGUUUAACCCGAAGAACGGAAUGAUUGACGGAUUUGCUAGGAGCGUUUCGGCCGCGGCCGUACCUGCAUCAUACUUGAAGGAUGACCUGAAUAGUCGACAGCGCAAAAUCAGCACCCCCAUCAAGGAGGAACACCGCAAUCUGACCUUCAGCAGUCAGCUGAACGCCGGAGAUUCGCACGUUCGCUUGAACCGACUCAACUCGAUCCGGGGAAGACCGCCACGGCGAUCGCCUUCGACGAGCAGUUUCCAGUACAUCAGCACGCCCUACCACGGCAGCACGCUUUCGACGCAUCAACCGCGUGAAUUUGCGUCCCAUCUGUCUCUCCGGUCAAUCGCCGAAAGCUUCAAACCAUCCUCCAAACAGGCCGGAGAGAAAUCCAAAGAAUCCACAGGCAACAAGUACUUUGACCUGUCGCUGCUCAAAGAUCCGACCUACCUGGUCAUCCUAAUCUCCAACUCAACCAACGCGAUCGGCUACACCAACUUCAUCAUCCUGCUCCCGGCGUACGCCAGCACGUUAGGAUUCGACAAAAACCUCGCCGCCUACCUGCUCUCGAUCGUGUCCACGCUGGACCUCGUCGGUCGCAUCGGCGGCUCGGCCCUCUCCGACACCAAUCUCAUCCCCAAGACGUGGUACUUUGUCGGCGGCCUGUCCAUAUCCGGCCUCGCCCUGGCCAUGCUCCCGCUCGCGACCUCCUACUCCAUGGUCAGCGUGUUUUGCGCCCUGUUCGGACUCGCGUCCGGAACCUACGUCGGCAUCACCGCCAUCAUCAUGGCCGAAAUGCUCGGCACCGAGCGCCUCACCUCCUCGUACGGCAUCAGCCUCUUCGUCAACGGCAUCCUCCAGCUGAUCGGCCCGCCCAUCUGUGGCAUCAUCUUCGAGAACAUUGGCCAAUAUCAGCCACUCUUCACCGCACUUGGCUUCGUCCUGCUCGUAGGAUCCGCUCUCUGGGGCUUCAUGCCACUGAUCCGGCGACAAAAGCGACGCAACGAGCAGCGAGCAGCCCAACAGAAGGACGCGGCCGAGAAAAGUCUCAUCGCUUAACCAAAAAAAAACUCCAUCUCAAUCAACUGUGAGCUUUACCCUCUGGUCUUUCGAAGUAGCGCGCCGGAGGAGGGACGCAGCAGCAGCAACAACAGCUUAGAAUAGUGACUCUUUCAAGUCGAUAUUUUAGGAGGGGGUAGCGAAGAAAACAAUACGAGUAUUAUAUUUUUAGCUAUUUACAAAAAAGAACUUCAACAAACAGAAGAUGGAAAACAAAAGUGUGACGAUUGUGAGUGUGUUGUGGAUGCAGAUUUUAGGCGCGCGCAUAUUUAGGCUAGACUAAGCUAGGUUAGUAAAGGGCUUUUACUGGGACACAGAAACACACACACACACUGAACUUAUACAAUCUGCCAUACGAAAAA